UGGAGCAUCCCCCGAUCCCUAUCCUUUAAUGUGGGGACGGCAGGAGCCAAGGUGUUCUCUGGACCUGCCGUAGAGGAGUUUGGAUACACUGUGAAACAGUUCAGAAAUCACCUGGGGAAAUGGUGAGACUAGACUACUGAGUCAUGCAUAGGCUGCCAUACAGAAGCAGUACAGAGUGGUAGAAAGUGCUAGACAGUGUUAGUUCUGACAUGGUAAGAACAGCAUCUCAGCACAUUCACAGAUGCACACUUGUACUACACUGUGCUUAUGUACAGUUACUACAGUAGUACUGUGUCCAAUCACUCUCGCACACAGUAAGCUGUAUAGAGCCCAGGAGAGCUAAAACAAGCCCUAGGUUCGUUUGGGUCUGAGAGAUCCAUAACUGUUGUAUAGCUGCUGGAUUUGGAACCCCUACUGUGAGCAUCCGUUUUCUCAAGCUAAUGCUGUUCCUGUUCUCACAGUAGGUCACAUGACCCUCCGGAGGGUUGUCAACGGGCAGGAUGCAGGCACUUCAAACACUAUAUUGGCACACACAUACACGCACACACGCACACACACACACACGCCCACACACUCACAUUAUACAGUUAUCUGCUGAUCACCACAGAGUAGACAUCACAGACAGGGUUCUUGGUUUCACGUCUUGCUCACACACACACUUCCUGUAGUCCGUAGUGCCGUCUGUCUGCAUCCGGGAGAUCUCAGAGGAGACAUUUUCCUUUUGAAUGCAUCUCUCCAGGGACAUAACUGCCUUCCUUUCAUUCUCAUCAUAAACAAACAUGGAGACUGAGCCUGGCUUAACCUAUGGCAUAUUAACUAUGUGUGGAUGGAAACAUUGUUAACAAAGGAAAGGGCCCUGAAGAUGUUGUUAUGUCUCCACUAGACUAGAUAAACAUUUCAUUAGAGGUUUUAGGGGGGAAAUGAUGGAAAAACACAAAUAAAUAGAUGUCCCCUCUCAUAAAGCACUUAGGCUGAUGAUGGGUUGUGUAAUUGCAUCAAGGACUUAAGUGGACUUCAAUUGAAUGUGGUUUUGACUAACCUCCUCCCCGGACUGACUCAACAGAAAGAGAGCUGGCUGGUAGACGAGACUAGGUUUUGACAAAAUGACAGUAGAAAGAGGUUUACUGUUUCGUCAUUUGUAAUCUUGACAAAUACCCCAUUUGAAAUGAGAGGCAUAAAGACUCACAGCAGUGAAUAACCCAACAGGGUCCUCUUAACCCCAGAGAAAAGAGGUGCAUUGAAAGCCAGAGUGUAUGACAUCACAGAGAUGGCCAGGUGAAAGUUCACUCCCUUUGUCUAAUUGGCUGCCUCCUGUCUGAGAACGUGGGCUUUGGCUCUAACACAAAGUCAGUAAAGGCGUAGUUUUGGGAUAUUCAGAGAAACCACACCAAAACACGAAUGCCAACCAUUGGCAAACGUGUACCAAGUUCAUAAUGGAACUGAAAUGUCUCUUUAGCUGUAACCAGUGGAAUUCAUGUUUAUCUCUGUGGUUUAGUUUAUAAACUAGGAUGGCGAGGAAGUGUUUUUAUCUGACCAGCCUAUUUAUUCUCCUGCAUACUACUGAUACCAAAGGUCAUGCUUUGGGCUUCUAUUCUGUCUUUAUUAGGUUUAAUAUCACACCAACACACUGUGUCCUGGCCAAAAAGAUAUACAGUCACGACCUAAGUUAUAGGCACCCUUGAAAAAGAUUAGCAAAAAAGGCUGAAUAAAAUAUAAAAUACAAAUACUGAGCUGUAUUGUAUACUCAAAAUAAUGGAGAGAAAAAAAUAGUUUGCACCCCUAACGGUAAAUAAAAUCAAAUAAAAUUGAAUAUUUUUUUUAUGAAUCUCAUCUUAAGGAACUGUAUUGUGGCAUUUCAUGACAUCCUGUUUCACUGGGGUAUAAAAAUGAGAACAUGCAUGUAAAAUCCAUUUGUCAUCCAUCACCAUGGGAAAAGGCAUAUAACUCACAAAUUUACCAUGGGAAAAGGCAUAGAACUCACAAAUUAAAAGAGACAAAUGGUUGUUGACUUUCAUAAAUCAGGCAAUGGAUACAAAAAAAUUACUCAAAAACAAAUAUACCGCUUACCACUAUUAUGGCAGCAAUUAGGACGUUUAAAACCACUGGAACAGUGGUAAACUUGCCUGGUAGAGGACCCAAGUGUAUCUUGUCCCCACACACAGUGAGAAAGAUGGUUUGGGAGGCAAAGAAAAGACCAAGGGCCACAGUUGGAGAAUUACAGAACUUGGUCGCAUCCUGGGGUCACCGAGUCUCCAAAUCUACAAUUAGACGCCACCAUUUGGAAGGGUUGCCAUAAAAAAAGCCUUUAUUGAGGGCAACCAACAAAUGUAAACGCCUGGUGUUUGCUAAACGGCAUUGGCACUUGGAUUUGAACCGGGUGCUUUGGUCAGAUGACAUGAAAAUAGAGCUCUUUGGCCAUGCACACCAGUGGUGGGUUUGGCCUCGAAUUAAGGAUGCAUAUGCAGAAAAGAACCUCAUACCUGCUGUAAAAUAUGAUGGUGGAUCUUUGAUGUUAUGGACCUGUUUUGCUUCCACUGGUCCUGGGGCCCUUGUUAAGGUCAACGGCAUGAUGAACUCUACCAAGUACCUGGACAUUUUAGCCAAAAACCUGGUUGCCUCUGCCAGGAGGCUGAAACUUGGCUGCAAGUGGUUCUUCCAUCACACAUCGAAAUCCACAAAGAAAUGGUUAAUUGACCACAAAAUCAACAUUUGAAUUGAAGAGGGCAGUUCUUAAGCGCAGACCGAAGGAUAUCAAGGAUCUGGAAAGAUUCUAUAUGGAGGAAUCAAACAUUAUAGAAAAAGGCUAAGUCCCGUUAUCCCUGCAAGGGGAGGGUGCACAAAGUAUUCAAAACAGGGGUGCCGAUCAUUUUUAGAUUAUUUUUUUAUUACCUGUUUGAUAAAAUAUUUUUCUCUGAGCAAUUGUAUUAGUGGAAAAUAAUAUACGUUUUAAAUGUUUUUGGAGCAUACAGUAUUUAAACAAUAAGGCAUUAGAACCCGGGGAUUAUCAUGUGUUAUCUUCCGACUAAAGGCUGUUAUUCUCCUAAUUGAGGAGAAUAAGAAAAAUCCAAAAUUUCUAUUUGAUACUGUCGCAAAGCUAACUAAAAAGCAGCAUUCCCCAAGAGAGGAUGCCUUUCACUUCAGCAGUGAUGAAUUCAUGAACUUCUUCGACGAAAAGAUCAUGAUCAUUAGAAAGCAAAUUACGGACUCCUCUUUGAAUCUGCGUAUUUCUACAAAGCUCAGCUGUCCUGAGUCUGCACAAAACUGCCAGGACCUAGGAUCAAUGGAGACACUCAAGUUUUUUAAUCCUAUAUCUCUUGACACAUUCAUGAAAAUAGUAAUGGCCUCUAAACCUUCAAGCUGCAUACUGGACCCUAUUCCAACUAAAUUACUGAAAGAGCUACUUCCUGUGCUUGGCCCUCUUAUGUUGAACAUAAUAAAUGGCUCCCUAUCCACUGGAUGUGUACCAAACUCACUAAAAGUGGCAGUAAUAAAGCCUCUCUUGAAAAAGCCAAACCUUGACCCAGAAAAUGUAAAAUACUAUCAGCCUAUAUCGAAUCUCACAUUCCUCUCAAUUUUUUCUGAAAAAGCUGUUGUGCAGCAACUCACUGCCUUCAUGAAGACAAAUAAUGUAUACGAAACGCUUCAGUCUGGUUUUAGACCCCAUCAUAGUACUGAGACUGCACUCGUGAAGGUGGUACAUGACCUCUUAAUGGCGUCAGACCAAGGCUCUGCAUCUGUCCUCAUCGAUCACCACAUUGACACCAUCGAUCACCACAUUAUUUUGGAGAGAUUGGAAACCUUAAUUGGUCUACACGGACAAGUUCUUGCCUGGUUUAGAUCUCAUCUGUCGGAAAGAUAUCAGUUUGUCUCUGUGGAUGGUUUGUCCUCAGUUGUACGUUUCGGUGUCCCUCAAGGUUCCGUUUUAGGACCACUAUUGUUUCCACUAUAUAUUCUACCUGUUGGUGAUGUCAUUCGGAAACACAAUGUUAACUUUCAUUGCUAUGCGGACGACACAAAGCUGUACAUUACGAUGAAACAUGGUGAAGCCCCAAAAUUGCCUACCCUGGAAGCCUGUGUUUCAGACAUAAGGAAGGAGUUUUUACUUUUAAACUCAGACAAAAAGAGAUGCUAGUUCUAGGUCCCAAGAAACAAAAAUAUCUUCUGUUGGAUCUGACAAUUAAUCUUGAUGGUUGUACAGUCAUCUAAAAAAAAACUCUCUUUUGACGAACAUAUCAAGAAUAUUUAAAGGACAGCUUUUUUCCAUCUUCAUAACAUUGCAAAAAUCAGAACAUUUUUGUCCAAAAAUGAAGCAGAAAAGCUAAUCCAUGCUUUUGUCACUUCUAGAUUAGACUACUGCAGUGCUCUACUCUCCGGCUACCCGGAUAAAGCACUAAAUAAACUUCAGUUAGUGCUAAACACGGCUGCUAGAAUCUUGACUAGAACCCAAAAUAUAUAUAGGGCGGCAGGUAACUUAGUGGUUAAGAGUGUUGUGCCAGUAACCGAAAGGUCGCUGGUUCUAAUCCCUGAGCCGACUAGGUGAAAAAUCUGUCGAUGUGCCCUUGAGCAAGGCACUUAACCCUAAUUGCUCCUGUAAGUCGCUCUGGAUAAGUAUGUCUGCUAAAUGACUUUAAUGUGAAUAAUAUUACUCCAGUGCUAGCCUCUCUACACUGGCUUCCUGUUAAGACCAGUGCUGAUUUCAAGAUUUUACUGCUAACCUACAAAGCAUUACAUGGGCUUGCUCCUACCUACAGUGAGGGAAAAAAGUAUUUGAUCCCCUGCUGAUUUUGUACGUUUGCCCACUGACAAAGACAUGAUCAGUUUAUAAUUUUAAUGGUAGGUUUAUUUGAACAGUGUGAACAACAGAAAAAUCCAGAAGAACACAUGUCAAAAAUGUUAUACAUUGAUUUGUAUUUUAAUGAGGGAAAUAAGUAUUAGACCCCUCUGCAAAACAUGACUUAGUACUUGGUGGCAAAACCCUUGUUGGCAAUCACAGAGGUCAGAUGUUUCUUGUAGUUGGCCACCAGGUUUGCACACAUCUCAGGAGGGAUUUUGUCCCACUCCUCUUUGCAGAUCUUCUCCAAGUCAUUAAGGUUUCGAGGCUGACGUUUGGCAACUCAAACCUUCAGCUCCCUCCACAGAUUUUAUAUGGGAUUAAGGUCUGGAGACUGGCUAGGCCACUCCAGGACCUUAAUGUGCUUCUUCUUGAGCCACUCCUUUGUUGCCUUGGCCGUGUGUUUUGGGUCAUUGUCAUGCUGGAAUACCCAUCCACGACCCAUUUUCAAUGCCCUGGCUGAGGGAAGGAGGUUCUCACCCAAGAUUUGACAGUACAUGGCGCCGUCCAUCGUCCCUUUGAUGCGGUGAAGUUGUCCUGUCCCCUUAGCAGAAAAACACCCCCAAAGCAUAAUGUUUCCACCUCCAUGUUUGACGGUGGGGAUGGUGUUCUUGGGGUCAUAGGCAGCAUUCCUCCUCCUCCAAACACGGCGAGUUGAGUUGAUGCCAAAGAGCUCGAUUUUGGUCUCAUCUGACCACAACACUUUCACCCAGUUCUCCUCUGAAUCAUUCAGAUGUUCAUUGGCAAACCUCAGACAGGCCUGUAUAUGUGCUUUCUUGAGCAGGGGGACCUUGCGGGCGCUGCAGGAUUUCAGUCCUUCAUGGCGUAGUGUGUUACCAAUUGUUUUCUUGGUGACUAUGGUCCCAGCUGCCUUGAGAUCAUUGACAAGAUCCUUCCGUGUAGUUCUGGGCUGAUUCCUCACCGUUCUCAUGAUCAUUGCAACUCCACGAGGUUAGAUCUUGCAUGGAGCCCCAGGCCGAGCGAGAUUGACAUUUUUGUGUUGUUAUUCUGUCUCUCACUGUUCAAAUAAACCUACCAUUAAAAUUAUAGACUGAUCAUUUCUUUGUCAGUGGGCAAACAUACAAAAUCAGCAGGGGAUCAAAUACUUUUUUCCCUCACUGUAUCUCUCCGAUUUGGUCCUGCUGUACAUACCUACUCGUACGCUAUGGUCACAAGACGCAGGCCUCCUUAUUGUCCCUAGGAUUUCUUAACAAACAGCUGGAGGCAGGGCUUUCUCCUAUAGAGCUCAAUUUUUAUGGAAUGGUCUGCCUAUCCAUGUGAGAGAUGUAGACUCGGUCUCAACCUUUAAGUCUUUACUGAAGACUCAUCUCUUCAGUAGGUCCUAUGAUUGAGUGUAGUCUGGCCCAGGGGUGUGAAGAUGAAUGGAAAGGCACUGGAGCGACGAACCACCCUUGCUCUCUCUGCCUGGCCGGUUCCCGUCUCUCCACUGAGAUUCUCUGCCUCUGACCCUAUUACGGGGGCUGAGUCACUGGCUUACUAGUGCUCUUCCAUGCCAUCCCUAGGAGGGGUGCGUCACUUGAGUGGGUUGAGUCACUGACGUGAUCUUCCUGUCCGGUUUGUCACCCCCUUGGGCGCGUGCAGUGGAGGAGAUCUUCGUGGGCUGUACUCAGCCUUGUCUCAGGAUAGUAGGUUGGUUGCCUGUUGAUAUCUCUCUGGUGGUGUAGGGGCUGUGCUUUGGCAAAGUGGGUGGGGUUAUAUCCUGCCUGGUUGGCCCUGUCCGGGGGUAUCGUCGGACGGUACCGUCUCAGCCUCCAGUAUCUAUGCUGCAAUAGUCUAUGUGCCAGGGGGCUAGGGUCAGUCUGUUAUAUCUGGUGUUAUUCUCCUGUCUUAUCCGGUGUCCUGUGUGAAUUUAAGUAUGCUCCCUCUAAUUCUUUCUCUCUCCCUCCCUCACCUCCCGGAGGACCUGAGCCCUAGGACCAUGCCUCAGGACUACCUGGCCUGAUGACUACUUGCUGUCCCCAGUCCACCUGGUCGUGCUGCUGCUCCAGUUUCAACUCUUCUGCCUGCGGCUAUGGAACCCUGACCUGUUCACCAGACGUACUAUCUUGUACCAGACCUGCUGUUUUCAACUCUCUCUCUCUACCGCACCUGCUAUUUCAACCUCUAAAUGCCCACCUAUGAAAAGCCAAGUGACAUUUACUCCUGAUGUACUGACCUGUUGCAACCUCUACAACCACUGUGAUUAUUAUUUGACCCUGCUGGUCAUCUAUGAACGUUUGAACAUCUUGGAGAAAAAUCUGACCUUAAUGGCCAUGUACUGUUAUAAUCUCCACCCCUCAGAGCCUGGUUCCUCUCUAGGUUUCUUCCUAGGUUUCUGCCUUUCUAGGGAGUUUUUCAUAGCCACCGUGCUUCUACAUCUGCAUUGCUUGCUGUUUGGGGUUUUAGGCUGGGUUUCUGUAUAGCACUUUGUGACAUCUGCUGAUGUAAAAAGGGCUUUAUAAAUAAAUAUGAUUGAUUGAUUCUUAGGGCCGAGGUGAAGCCAAGGGCCGGGAAACAGCUUUUAGGAGGGAGUUAUCACACGAUAAUUCCCGGGUUCGGGUGCCUUAUUGCUUUUAUAAAAUGGUUGCCAACAUAUAAAAAAAUGAUUAAUGACAUUAAAAACAUUAUUAAAAACAUUAUUUUAAUGAGUAAAUUAGUUUUAUUUCACCCUUCCACCAGAUGAUAUAGUCCGGGGAAUAUCCAGUUGUUCGUUCUGAACUUGCUAACCAAACAGGCUGGUCAUUAAUUAUAUUCUCAUGUUUUGACCCAGUCAUUCAUUGGCAUGUAGCUAGCUAGCAGAGGUUCAAUGAUUACAAGAUAACUUCAAUAAAUAAUGAUCUAAUAAAUAAUUUAUAAAUAGGCAACAACCAGCUGAUUGUCGAGUCAAUAAUGUAGUUAUGGAGGAUAGCCAGGAUAACGUUACUUCUCCUUUGUUAGCUAGCUAGCCAACUACAGCUAUCACAUCAAGCAGCUGAAAUGACAGCAAACUAUGUGUAUUUUCAUUUGUUUUAUCUUAAUUUUUAUUGCCAAUUCUUUGGAUAUAUCCAUUAUAAUGAUACUGACAAAUGAAUUUGCCUGGAUCAGAUAAGCUGUCAGUCUCGUGACGGUCUGCACGGUGGAGAUCGCAAAAAAAAACUGCAACAUGUUGCACAGCACAGGUCGGAUAUGCACACAGUGAGGCUUAUUAAGCUCCGCUGUACCAAACCAAAUGCUAGGCUAGUAACAUGAGGAAAUACUGUCUAGAUGCUUUUUUCCAGGGGAGAUUAAGUUUAUACACUGAAUAAAAAUAUCAACGCAACAUGCAACAAUUUCAAAGAUUUUACUGAGUGACAGUUCAUAUAAGGAAAUCAAUCCAUUUAAAUAAAUAAAUUAGGCCGUAAUCGAUGGAUUUCACAUGACUGGGAAUACAGAUACCUUAAAAAAACUGUAGGUGCAUGGAUCAGAAAACCAGUCAGUAUCUGGUGUGAUCACCAUUUGCAUCAUGCAGCGCGACACAUCUCCUUCACAUGGAGUUGAUCAGGCUGUUGAUUGUGGCCUGUGGAAUGUUGUCCCACUCCUCUUCAAUGGCUGUGCGAAGUUGCUGGAUACUGGUGGGAACUGGAACACACUGUCGUACACGUUGAUCCAGGGCUUCCCAGACUUGCUCAAUGGGUGACAUGUCUGGUGAGUAUGCAGGCCAUGGAAGAACUGGGACAUUUUCAGCUUCCAGGAAUUGUGUCCAGAUCCUUGCGACAUGGGGCCGUGCAUUAUCAUGCUGAAACAUGAGGUGAUGGCAGCGGAUGAAUGGCACGACAAUGGGCCUCAGGAGCUCGUCAUGGUAUCUCUGUGCAUUCAAAUUGCCAUUGAUAAAAUGCAAUUGUGUUCAUUGUCCGUAGCUUAUGCCUGCCCAUACCAUAACUCCACCGCCACAAUGGGGCACUCUGUUCACAACGUUGACAUCAGCAAACCGCUUGCCCACACAACGCCAUACACAAUGUCUGUCAUCUUCCCAGUACAGUUGAAACUGGGAUUCAUCCGUGAAGAGCACACUUCUCCAGCGUGCCAGUGGUCAUCGAAUGUGAGCAUUUUCCCACUGAAGUCAGUUAUGAGACGGUUUCUGACAGUUUGUGCAGAAAUUCUUCGUUUGUGCAAACCCACAGUUUCAUCAGCUGUCUGGGUGGCUGGUCUCAGACCAUCCCGCAGGUGAAGAAGCCGGAUGUGGAGGUCCUGGGCUGGCGUGGUUACACGUGGUCUGCGAAAUUCUCUAAAAUGACGUUGGAGGCGGUUUAUGGUAGAGAAAUUAAUAUUCAAUUCUCUGGCAACAGCUCUGGUGGACAUUUCUGCAGUCAGCAUGUCAAUUGCAUGCUCCUUUAAACUUGAGACAUCUGUGGCAUUGUGUUGUGUGGCAAAACUGCACAUUUUAUAGUGGCCUUUUAUUGUCCCCAGCACAAGGUGUACCUGUGUAAUGAUCAUGCUGUUUAAUCAGCUUCUUGAUAUGCCACACCUGUCAGGUGGAUGGAUUAUCUUGGCAUAGGAGAAAUGCUCACUAACAGGGAUGUAAACAAAUUUGUGCACAACAUUUGAGAGAAAUAAGGUUUUUGUGCGUAUGGAACAUUUCUGGGAUCUUUUAUUUUAGCUGAUGAAAUAUGGGAUCAACACUUUAUAUGAUGCGUCUAUAUUUUUGUUCAGUAUAAAUUGACUGGCUGGGCUGUGCGACAGUGGAUGCGCAUUGAUAAAUCUAAUGGAAAUGUUAACAGGCAUUACCCAUGGAAUGCGGGGAUUGUGGUGCUACAACUCCCUGCUAUCAACCAAUCAGAAUCCAGGAUCCAAACAACCCAUUUUAUAAAGCUCAGUAUUUGUAUAAUUUAUUUUAUACAGUAUUUUUUGCUCAUCUUUAUCAAGGAUCAUGACUGUAGAUUUAAAGCCGGUAGAAUAUCAAAAGGUUUAUAGAUCAACUACUGAGUGGUCUCUCUGUUCACACUAUAGUCUAGCAAGGUGGGGCUUUUUUCAAUGAUGUGUAAUGUGCAAUGGAGUGGUCUUGGCAUUUUUAUGGUGUGUGUGUGUGUGUGUGUGUUAGGUCAUCAGGAAAGGAUAGUGUGACUUGUUUCUAAUGUGGUAGGCUGGUUUGAUGUCACACUGUGUAAUGUAGUCGGCGUGUGUGUCCUGACUGAUUGACUCACAUGGCGGUAACUGGCAGUAACACCAUGGAUACCCAGGCCCUGAGCCACCAGCAGCAGACAACAGCACUGGCACAGGUCAUUAUGGCUCUCUCCUUCUCAUGCAACAGGCAGAGUCUGAAAACAUCCCUUCACUGUAAAUGUCGCUGUACUUCCCCCUUCAGGGUUAAGGUGCUUAUUAUACUUUUCUCCCUAAGGUUAACUGUUAAUGAUGACCUUGGUAGAGUAUGUGUUUACCUUCCACACCUGUAGAUAACGAAAAACAGUACUUACUGAUCAUGUGCAAGUGGGUGUGAAAUGGGUACUCUGUAAAUGUCAUUGUCUUGUUGUGAAUGUAUGGUACUGUUUCCAAAUAUGGGUACAUAUACAGUCUAUGGUGUACAAGGACAGUCACAUAAGUGUAUUCCCUAACAAUGGUAUUAGCUACCAAUAAUUGUGUGUAAUUUAGACACAUGGCAUUGUAAUUAUUAUGUAAUCAGUAUGCAAAUGCCUGUCUGUCUGUCUGUCUGCCUGUCUGUGUACAUGCGUGUGUGUGUUCCCGCAGGUUGCUGGUUGGUUCUCCCUGGAGUGGAUACAACCAGGACAGGAAAGGAGACAUCUACAAGUGUGAGAUCAGAGGGUCCAGUUCAGGCUGCCAGAGACUCAACCUGCAGAGUAAGACAUACUUCAUACUCUUCAUACAUACUUCAUACUUUUCAUACAUGCUUCAUACUCUUCAUACAUACUUCAUACUCAACCUUUAGAGUAAGACAUUGACAGAUAUUUAUACUUUGCAUACGACAUUCAAACAGCUCCAGCUAUUCAUUAGCCUGGUCCCAGAUCUGUUUGUGCUCUUGCCAACUCCAUUGCUCUUAUUGUCAAACCAUUAAAUUCCAUAAAGAGUUGGCAAGAGAGUAGAAACAGACUAGCACCCAGGCUAGCAAUUCCUUCUCCCUUUCUAUAUUUCUAUCAACUCCUGCCCUUUUUGAGCAAUCGUUGUAUCCCCUAGCAUUAGCUUGUGUUUCCCCACAAUAUUCUCUUUAAAUCCCAUUUGAAUCCUGUCAAAUCUGUCUGUAAGUCAGAGCGAUGGCCACAGUGGUUAGAAAAGGAACUGUGUUCUUCAGAGUGUUGCAAGAUCUCAUUGUGUGUUUUAAUGAAUGUUAAGCACUGUAAUUGCACCAUGAGAAUGUAUUCGGUAACACUUAUAGUGUUCUUAAAACUGUGUAAUUAUUUCUGUAAGGACACUGUAACAAUGUAUUUUCUCUCUCCUAUACUUCAGACUCAGUCAGCAUAUCAACAGUGAAGAACGUCAAUGUCAACAUGAGUCUGGGGCUAACCCUCACCCGCACAGCUACAGAAGAUAAAUUCAUGGUAAACAGUUUUUAUACAUCACUACAUCUGUAUAGAACUCCUAGCUAUCCUAACCCUAACCCUAAUCCUUACCCACACAGCUACAAAAGAUACAUUCAUGGUAAACAGGUUUGGAAUCAUUACAUCAGAUUAUUUACAGCCACACAAGAUAGAUUCAUGGUUAACAGGUUUGGAAUCAUUAUAAGUGAUUCUUUACAGCCACUCAAGAUAGAUUCAUGGUUAACAGGUUUGGAAUCAUUAGAUCUGAUUCUUUACAGCCACACAAGAUAGAUUAAUCAUGAUAAACAGCUUUAACAUCACUGCAGCUGGAGAGUUCAUAUAAGAUCUUAUCAGUCAAUCAAUCCCACAUGUUUAGGGACUUGGGAUUGAUUGCCUAAAUGUAAUAUUGUUUUGGAUGUUUUACCUUAUAUCUUGUGUCUUCUUCUCCUGGUAGACAUGUGGACCUCUGUGGGCUCAGAAGUGUGGCAGUCAGUAUUAUUACCCAGGGAUCUGUGCAGAAGUUAGCCCUCUCUUCAGCCCCCUGUCUUCAUUCUCACCUGCCCUUCAAAGUAAGAGUCCUUCAUCAUUUUAAAUAUCCUUAGCAUAAGAGUUACAGUGGGGAAAAAAGGAUUUAGUCAGCCACCAACUGUGCAAGUUCUCCCACUUAAAAAGAUGAGAGAGGCCUGUAAUUUUCAUCAUAGGUACACGUCAACUAUGACAGGCAAAUUGAGAAGAAAAAAAUCCAGAAAAUCACAUUGUAGGAUUUUAAAUGAAUGUAUUUGCAUAUUAUGGUGGAAAAUAAGUAUUUGGUCACCUACAAACAAGCAAGAUUUCUGGCUCUCACAGACCUGUAACUUCUUCUUUCAGAGGCUCCUCUGUCCUCCACUAGUUACAUGUAUUAAUGGCACCUGUUUGAACUUGUUAUCAGUAUAAAAGACACCUGUCCACAACCUCAAACAGUCACACUCCAAACUCCACUAUGGCCAAGACCAAAGAGCUGUCAAAGGACACCAGAAACAAAAUUGUAGACCUGCACCAGGCUGGGAAGACUGAAUCUGCAAUAGGUAAGCAGCUUGGUUUGAAGAAAUCAACUGUGGGAGCAAUUAUUAGGAAAUGGAAGACAUACAAGACCACUGAUAAUCUCCCUCGAUCUGGGGCUCCACGCAAGAUCUCACCCCGUGGGGUCAAAAUGAUCACAAGAACGGUGAGCAAAAAUCCCAGAACCACACGGGGGGACCUAGUGAAUGACCUGCAGAGAGCUGGGACCAAAGUAACAAAGCCUACCAUCAGUAACACACUACGCCGCCAGGGACUCAAAUCCUGCAGUGCCAGACGUGUCCCCCUGCUUAAGCCAGUACAUGUCCAGGCCCGUCUAAAGUUUGCUAGAGUGCAUUUGGAUGAUCCAGAAGAGGAUUGGGAGAAUGUCAUAUGGUCAGAUGAAACCAAAAUAUAACUUUUUGGUAAAAACUCAACUCGUCGUGUUUGGAGGACAAAGAAUGCUGAGUUGCAUCCAAAGAACACCAUACCUACUGUGAAGCAUGGGGGUGGAAACAUCAUGCUUUGGGGCUGUUUUUCUGCAAAGGGACCAGGACGACUGAUCCGUGUAAAGGAAAGAAUGAAUGGGGCCAUGUAUCGUGAGAUUUUGAGUGAAAACCUCCUUCCAUCAGCAAGGGCAUUGAAGAUGAAACGUGGCUGGGUCUUUCAGCAUGACAAUGAUCCCAAACACACUGCCCGGGCAACGAAGGAGUGGCUUCGUAAGGAGCAUUUCAAGGUCCUGGAGUGGCCUAGCCAGUCUCCAGAUCUCAACCCCAUAGAAAAUCUUUGGAGGGAGUUGAAAGUCUGUGUUGUCCAGCGACAGCACCAAAACAUCACUGCUCUAGAGGAGAUCUGCAUGGAGGAAUGGGCCAAAAAACCAGCAACAGUGUGUGAAAACCUUGUGAAGACUUACAAAAAACGUUUGACCUGUGUCAUUGCCAACAAAGGGUAUAUAACAAAGUAUUGAGAAACGUUUGUUAUUGACCAAAUACUUAUUUUCCACCAUAAUUUGCAAAUAAAUUCAUUAAAAAUCCUACAAUGUGAUUUUCUGGAUUUUUUUUCCUCAUUUUGUCUGUCAUAGUUGACGUGUACCUAUGAUGAAAAUUACAGGCCUCUCUCAUCUUUUUAAGUGGGAGAACUUGCACAAUUGGUGGCUGACUAAAUACUUUUUUUCCCCACUGUAUGUAUUGUUUUCACCAUUGAUUAAAAGUAUAAAUUAAAGCUAGAAUCCUUAUUUGAAACAAUAACAAAGCAUGCUCCCCAUCCCUGUUUUGCUAAAAAAGCUAAGGGAUGGGGCUGGAGAAAUGUAACCACUCUCAAAUUCAUAGACAGAGCUGUGGAUGCAAAGACUGUGUCACGAUCGUCAUUUGAAGAAACGGGCCAAUGCGCAGCGUGGAAUGCGAACAUCUUUUAUUUAUAUUUCACCACACGAACAACAACGAUACGUGAAGUCCUUGGGUUCAUACACAAACCAACACGGAACAAGAUCCCACAAUACACUGUGCCAAACAGGCUGCUGAUUCUCGUUGCCUCUGAUUGAGAACCACCCCGGCCAACAUAGAUACACAUGAACUAGAUCCUAACAUAGAAACACAAACACAUAGAAUCUACACACCCUGGCUCAACAUAUAAGAGUCCCAGAGCCAGGGCGUGACAGUACCCCCCCCCCCCCCCCAAAGGCGCGGACUGCGACCGCGCCAAACAUAAACCGAACAGGGGAGGGCCGGGUGGGCAUUCCUCCUCGGAGGCGGAUCCGGCUCCGGGCGUGACCACCACCCUCUAAUAACCCCCCCGUAGUGCCCCUGGUCUGGUCUGGCCCCGCUGGCUGGAGCUGGACUGGACAUCGGUAGAGCGGAUUGCUUAGGCUCCGGUGUGGAGCAGCUGACCGGUACCUGACCAGGCACCGGCGAACCGGGAACGGGCUGUGCCGGACUGAUGACACGAACCCCAGGCUUGGUGCGGGAAGCAGGAAUGGGCCGGACCGGGCUGACGACGCGCACCCCUGGCUUGGUGCGGGGAGCAGGAACGGGCCGGACCGGGCUGACGAAGCGCACCAUAGGCUUGGUGCGGGGAGCAGGAACAGGCCGGGCCGGGCUGGCGACGCGCACCAUUGGCUUGGUGCGAGGGGCAGGAACAGGCCGGGCCGGGCUGGCGACGCGCACCAUUGGCUUGGUGCGAGGGGCAGGAACAGGCCGGGCCGGGCUGGCGACGCGCACCAUUGGCUUGGUGCGAGGGGCAGGAACAGGCCGGGCCGGGCUGGCGACGCGCACCAUUGGCUUGGUGCGAGGGGCAGGAACAGGCCGGGUCGGGCUGGCGACGCGCACCAUUGGCUUGGUGCGAGGGGCAGGAACAGGCCGGACCGGGCUGGCGACGCGCAUCACAGGCUUGGUGCGAGGGACAGGAACAGGCCGGACCGCACUGGGAACACACACCACUGGCCUUAUACGGGGAUCAGGAACGGGCCGGACCGGACUGGCAACACACUUCAGUACCUCUCGCCGUGCCUCUACACCUUCCCUCCCUCUCAUCACCAAUGGCUCCCGUAACCCGGUGGCCUUCUCUCCUCGUCCACAAACUCGCCCCUUAUCUGCCUCCAGCAGCCACGUCGUCCAUGCCAUGUGCCCCCCCCCCCCUAAAAAUGUAUUGGGGUUGCCUCUCGCCUGUCCAACGACGACACUGUUGGCGCCGUACCUCCUCUCUCGCCAAAGCUUUAACCUUUGCCCAUGGUCCUCUGCCCUCGAACAUGUCCUCCCAGGACCACCAUUGGCCCACCUGGGCCAUCGCCAACUUCUCCAUCUCCUUACCCGGCGUUAGCUCCGAAACACGCUGAUUGGUCCAGUAUUGGUGGUAUCUUCUGUCACGAUCGUCAUUUGAAGAAACGGGCCAAUGCGCAGCGUGGAAUGCGAACAUCUUUUAUUUAUAUUUCACCACACGAACAAAAACAACAAAACGAUACGUGAAGUCCUUGGGUACAUACACAAACCAACACGGAACAAGAUCCCACAAUACACUGUGCCAAACAGGCUGCCUAAGUAUGGUACCCAAUCAGAGACAACAAGCAAUAGCUGAUUCUCGUUGCCUCUGAUUGAGAACCACCCCGGCCAACAUAGAUACACAUGAACUAGAUCCUAACAUAGAAACACAAACACAUAGAAUCUACACACCCUCAACAUAUAAGAGUCCCAGAGCCAGGGCGUGACAGACUGACCAUCCAUGAUAUUACAUUUACAUUUGUAACCACGUUUUGAGGCUAUAUAGAGUUAGUUUACAUUUAUGUUGUUUACAAAUGUACACAUUGGCAUAAAACAAGCUUAUAUUUUGUGUUCUGAUGGGGUACAACAGUUGAACUAAGCUCAUGAGGCAUUUCAAAGUUAUAUUCUUCAAGAACCAAUGGGUUUACAGCUGUAUAUUAAUUUAUAAUUCAAAAAAUGGAUGUAGAAACUAAGGAUUCUAGCUAAGUCCUACUGUAUAUCAUAUUUAACACCCCUUUGUGAUUGGAGUUAUGAAUGAUUACCAUAGAAAAUGCACGUGCUGACAUUAAUUCAAUUCUUAUCUUGUCUUUCCAGCUUGUGGGGGUCCGAUGGAUAUUGCUAUUAUUGUGGAUGGAUCCAACAGUAUAUAUCCCUGGCCACCAGUUGUGGCUUUCCUCAAGAAACUGUUGGAGAAUUUAGAUAUUGGACCGGAUAAUACUCAGGUAAGUGUGCUCACAGUUAUCAAUGUAUAUCAAUUGCCAAUUGUCAAGGUUGUUGACAAUGCGUCUUUUAAAGACAAUGUAGGUGUCUCAUUCACGGUAAACACUGUAUAUAUCAGCUCAGUCGGAAAUUGCCUUUAAAUGCUACAUUGUUGACAACCCGCAGUCGGAUUGAAUCUCGGCCCAAGUAAAUGAUCUGUCCCUAUCUGUUUUUGUUGCCUUUAUGUUAAUGCUUUCAGGCAAGUAUUAUACAGUACGGGGUUGAUCCAUUCGUUGAAUUCAAUCUGAACACCUACAAAACCAAAGACUCGAUCAUUGCGGCUGCAGCGAACAUUCCCCAGAGGGAAGGCCUGGAGACCAACACCUUCCGGGCCAUUGAAUUUGCCAGGUGCGUCUCAGUCUACAACACUUUCUAUUCUUGCAGUGCCAACAUAGUCUAAGGCUGCAUCCCAAAUGGCACCAUAUUCCCUACAUAGUGCACUACUUUUGGCCAGAAGUAGUGCACUAUGUAAGGAAAAGGGUGCCAUUAGGGAUGCAAGCCUAAGGCAUUUCCUCCUGUUCACUGCUAGUCAAUGGGUCCUUAGGACUUACAGAUGUAGAACAUUUGAUCACUCUUUUGUUGCUGUGAAUUUUCCUGUACAGCAGGAAAUGCAAACUUGUAGUGUAUUCGAGGUUUAAAACGGCUUCUAAACGUAGUGAUUUCCACUUUAAAAUGUCAGACUUGAUUUGUCCUAACGAAAAAUGUAUCAAGCCCUACAAAAAAUUUAAUUAUAAGCCACAUUUCCUGUUACUGCAGGAUUAUUUGCUGUAGCAAAGUGGCUCAAAUUAAGAUCCUACAUUUGUAGGUGACCGUGACCCUCAUGUAUUCUAAAUAAAUAUAUCCUGACUCUGUUGACUCAACAUAUUUAUAAAAAAGAACAAAAGGAUCAGAAUCUCUCUUUAUAUAUUGAAAACCCCCCAAAGGGGGUUAGAAUGGAACACUUUGAAUGGAAUAGAAUGGAAUACAACACAAUGAAAUGUGUUCAGAACAAACGUUUUAGAAGCUAUUUAUUUACAUGGGUAUUGAAUCGGGUUUGAAUAUGUUGAGAUGUGACACUUUUUGACCGUGUGUCUCAGACAGCAGGCGUUCCUGCCUAGGAACGGGGCUCGACCCGGUGCCAGCAAGGUGAUGGUGGUGGUGACGGACGGAGAAUCUCACGACAAGAACCUCCGAGAUGACGUCAUCAGGAAGUGUGAGAGUGAGAAGAUCACCCGCUUUGGUAUUGCUGUGAGUAAAUAUCCCACUUAACCUUUAUUCAUCCAGGUUAGUCUCGUUGACAUAAAAUCUCUUUAGCAAAAGACACCUGGAUAUACAGUACGUACAGUGUUGAGUGUGAGGUAUUAACAUUUACUGUUUGAGACCUUUGAUACCUUUAUAACAUGACAUUAUUAUGUUAUAACAAUCUUCCCUUUUAUUCUAAUAUAAAUUAUUUUAAAAUGUAUUCUUUAUUAUGUUUCUAGGUCCUUGGGUAUUACAUAAGGAAUGACAUUGACACUAAGAACCUGAUUGCUGAGAUCAAGUCCAUAGCCAGUACCCCGACAGAUAGGUAUUUCUUCAAUGUAUCAGCUGAGGAGGCUCUGCUCGAGAUCGCUGGAUCUCUGGGAGACCGCAUCUUCAACAUUGAGGGUAAAAUAUAUAUAUAUAUAUUUUUAAAGUAAUGCUGACUUAGUAAAGAAAGCAAAUCUACAUUGAAGAUGGAAUAUCAUGGUCCAUUCUAACAAUAAUUAGUUACCUUUUACAAAGCUAGAAAUAGUAACACAACCACUGUAUUGCACUUAACCUAACCUGUUCAUUGUGUUUUCUGGUGGUUAGGUACUGGGAAAGGUGGUGACUUUCAGAUGGAGAUGUCCCAAGUGGGAUUCAGUGCCCACCAAACCAAGAAGCAGGUAUGGGCUAAGAAUACCGUCGUACAAACCCCAACUGUUACUUUAAAUCGGCUUAUUUGGUAACAUUUUAUUUUACGGGUGUCUACACAUUCAUAACACAUUCAUAACACAUUCAUAAGCAGUACAUGAACAUUUCUUAGUGUGUUUUAACAGGUACUUUUCUCGCUUUCAUUACAGAACAUGAUUAUGCUGGGUGCAGUGGGGGCCUAUGGCUGGAGUGGUACUGUGGUUCACUACACUACCCAGAAAUCAGACAUCUUCCCCAAGACGGCCUUUGAGAAAAUCCUAGAGGACAGAAACCACAGCUCACUAUUAGGUAAAUGAGUUUGCAAUCAUCUACGAGUCAAUAUUGAUUCCUUUAUCUUCAUUUUAUGUUGUGCUAUUGUAUUAUUAUUUCAUCAACACCAAGCCAUCCUAAGGCCUCUUGCUUUUCCAUUUCUAACUUCAUUUGAAUGUGUAUUGAAGCUCAAACAAUAGAUAUCUUGAUUUACAGUGUGACUGGCAGUAAGACUACUAGCACUGGAAAUUGUUACACAUUUGUCAAUAAUAUCCUGUUUGGCUGUUCUGCUCAGGCUACUCUGUGACAACGCUGAAUGAUGGGAGCAUAGAGUACUAUGUGGCUGGCGCUCCUCGGUCUAACCACACUGGACAGGUCAUAGUGUACACCAUCAACAGCAAGGGACAACCCACCGUCAUAGACUCCCAGAGAGGAGACCAGGUAAUGCUCUCUGAUUCAAAUGGAAGAGAAGAGCGGUUGACAAUGUUGACAGUUCUGUAAGUUGCUUUGGAUAGAAGUGUUUGCUAAAUUAACCAUAUUGAAAAGAAGAAUAUGUAAAUUGGUGUGGUGGUAGAUGUUAUGGCUCUAUACUAUAUCUAUCUAUCUAUCUAUCUAUCUAUCUAUCUAUCUAUCUAUCUAUCUAUCUAUCUAUCUAUCUAUCUAUCUAUCUAUCUAUCUAUCUAUCUAUCUAUCUAUCUAUCUAUCUAUCUAUCUAUCUAUCUAUCUAUCUAUCUAUUCUAUAUAUCUAUCUCUCUCUAAUGAUCUAUCAUAUCUGACUUGUCCGAUUUGUUCCCAUCUGCUUUGUAAAUGGCGUUAUCCUUUGUUUCUGCUCAUUGAUUCUAAAUAUAUUUUCUUCUUACUAGUUUGCUGUAUGUGCUUUCGAUUCUGUAGAUAGGCUCCUACUACGGCAGCGUACUCUGUCCUCUGGAUGUGGAUAAAGAUGGCGUGUCUGAUCUACUACUGGUCGGAGCUCCCAUGUUCAUGAACGAACAGAAGAAGGAGAAUGGAAAAGUGCAUCUCCUGUCUUUCACUAAGGUAAGCCACACAUACUGUACUGUAUACAAAAUCAGCCAGACACAUCUUCCUAAAGCUUUUUAUCUUUUUUGAGUGCAGACCCACUACUGUACAUUUCAUCUAAUGGUUUAAUUUUGGUGUACACACGGUAUGCUCUGAGCACAGUGGGUUUCAAGACCUUUUGAAAGUCACAUCUUCCUAAAGUACACUAAUUUAAAGUAAACAACUUCAUUGUUUGUUUUCCAUUGGUGUUUCUAGGGCAUCCUAAGUGACCAGGGGUUCCUGAAGGGUCCGUCCCAAGUGGAGAACGCUCGUUUUGGGAUGUCUAUCUCAGCGGUGCCUGACCUCAACAUGGAUGGCUACGGUGAUGUGGUGGUGGGAGCCCCACUGGAAGACAACAAUAAAGGUGUAAUCUAUGUCUUCAACGGGGACAAGAAGAGACUCAGGACACAGUACUCCCAGGUACAGCAGGUUGCAGAUUGUGCUCAAUGCUAACACUCAACGCAGCCUUAUCCUAACUCUUGUCACUCGCUAGCACAGGGAUGGGCAAACUACGGCCCAUUCAAUCCGGCCCACAGGAGUUUUUUUUAGUUUUUUUUUUUUGACUCCAGGCCACAGUUGAACGUCUAAAAUAGAUAGAAAGUAUAAAUUAUAAUAGAUCUAUAUAUUUGUUAUAACUGAAAUUUGUCUGGCCUGCAAAUAAAUUAUCUGUGCGGCCUUCUAUUGAAUUUCUAAAUCUCGAUGUGGCCUUCGAGCCAAAAAGUUUGCCCACUCCUGCGCUACCAGCAUGUCUCAAUUUAACCUGUUGUGCCUGCAUAUAAUUAUCUGAUGCUUUGGGAUUCAAUAGAAGUGUUUCUCUAGAAGUGUUUCUCAGUCUGUUGGAAUUCAGCCAAUGUGAGCAUUUGAUGUGAGAUCAAGUUGUAAGAUCAUGUUUUAUCCUGUUAAUUUCAGAAAAUCCUAGGCUCCAAGCUGGACCCUACGUUGCAGUACUUCGGGCGGUCCAUAGACGCCAGCUCCGACUUAAACGAUGACACCAUACCAGAUGUCUCAGUGGGGGCUUACGGAAAGGUGGUCCAACUCUGGUGAGACUCGCUCCCUCGUUUCUUUCUCUUUUUUAUAUAUUUUAUUUUUCUUAACCCAGCUCGACCCCUCCUCUUCGGAGGACAACUAUAUAAUUUUGUUUCCCUCAAUUCACACACGUCUCACAAGUUAUCUACUCGAAUUACAGUGUUUACUUUAAACACUUGAUACCAGCAAAUUGGAACAGCUGUUUACGAUGACCCAAAACUGAACAAAUGAAAUUACAGUAGGCUCUGAAUGAAACAUCUUAUACUUACUGUAUCUCCUCAAGUUUUUGUUGACUAAAUGAGAUGUGCUGUCUCAUGGAAAGCCUUCUCUUACGUAACUGUGGGAAAGCAUUUAAUCUUGUCACCUCCCACUCCAUCUAGAGAGCAGAACAGCUGGGUGGAUUUGGUUUAAAGAGGUUAUGCUGACCAUUCCCAUCUGGGUCUGACACUGCUAGUAACCACUUCUACGUAGUUCCUGAUGUCACUUAUAUAAUCAAUACAUGAAUCAAUCAAUCAACCAAUCUGAAGUUGACUCAUACAGUAGUUGCCUUGUGAUUAAAGCGUCUCUCAGUAGAUGUAGUCAUUCAAACAUAUAAAAGCUAGUUAGCUUGAUAUAUGAUUAUGACACACUGAUUAUGACCUCUCCCAGGUCUCGUGGUAUGGCUGUGGUGACAGCGAGGGCAACCUUCAACCCUGACAUGGUCAGCAUCCUGAGUAAGACGUGCGGGGUCAGUGGAAGGCUGGUGUCCUGCUUCAACACAUCAGUCUGUUUCAGCGCCACCUUCAGGCCCAAGAUACCUGUAGGACCUGUGGGUAAGCCCUGCUUUCUUCUCUCUCUCUCUCUCUCUCUCUCUCUCUCUCUCUCUCUCUCUCUCUCUCUCUCUCUCUCUCUCUCUCUCUCUCUCUCUCUCUCUCUCUCUCUCUCUCUCUCUCCCUGUUUCUCUUCCUCUUCCCCUCUCUCCCUCUUCACAGUGUCACUGUCAAAUAUGACAGGGGCUUUUCACAUCCUAGCAAUGGUCGUAUCUCCCUCUAAUUGUCUCUUGUUGCCUCUGUUACUUCUCACCUCAGCUGUCAGGUACAACCUGACCCUGGAUGCUGAGCUCCAGUCGUCUCGUGUCACCUCCAGAGGUCAGUUCAGGAACUCAGAGAGAGUCAUGCAGAAAGACAUCAGGGUUUCCUCCGGGGAGGUCUGUGAGACCCUAGAGGUCUUUGUUCAGGUAAAGAUAGAUAAUAUUAAAUGGUUUGAUGAUGAUUUGCUGAUUGAAGUAUGUCUGGUUUUUCUCCUUUAUCAGGCCUUAUUGAAUUACUGUGUUAAUUUAUAAUGGAGGAAACAUCCUUUUAACCAAGAAUAAUGUUUACUUGUAUGUACAGUUGAAGUCGGAGGUUUACAUAUACUUAGGUUGGAGUCAUUAAAACUCGUUUUUCAACCACUUCACAAAUGUCUUGUUGUGGUCCUCUGUAGCUCAGCUGGUAGAGCACGGCGCUUGUAACGCCAAGGUAGUGGGUUCGAUCCCCGGGACCACCCAUACACAAAAAUGUAUGCACGCAUGACUGUAAGUCGCUUUGGAUAAAAGCGUCUGCUAAAUGGCAUAUUAUUAUUAUUAUUAACAAACUAUCGUUUUGGCAAGUCGGUUAGGUCAUCUACUUUGUGCAUGACACAAGUAAUUUUUCCAACAAUUGUUUACAGACAGAUUAUUUCACUUAGAAUUCACUGUAUCACAAUUCCAGUGGGUCAGAAGUUUACAUACACUAAGUUGACUGUGCCUUUAAACAGCUUGGAAAAUUCCAGAAAAUGAUGUCAUGGCUUUAGAAGCUUCUGAUAGGCUAAUUGACAUAAUUUGAGUCAAUUGGAGGUGUACCUGUGGAUUUAUUUCAAGGCCUACCUUCAAACUCAGUGCCUCUUUGCUUGACAUCAUUGGAUAAUCAAAAGAAAUCAGCCAAGACCUCAAAAAAAUUAUUGUAGACCUCCACGAGUCUGGUUCAUCCUUGGGAGCAAUUUCCAAAUGCCUGAAGGUACCACAUUCAUCUGUACAAACAAUAGUACGCAAGUAUAAACACCAUGGCACCACGCAGCCGUCAUACCGCUCAGGAAGGAGAUGCGUUCUGUCUCCUAGAGAUUAAUGUACUUUGGUGCGAAAAGUGCAAAUCAAUCCCAGAACAACAGCAAAGGACCUUGUGAAGAUGCUGGAGGAAACAGGUACAAAAGUAUCUAUAUCCACAGUAAAACGAGUCCUAUAUCGACAUAACCUGAAAGUCCUCUCAGCAAGGAAGAAGCCACUGCUCCGAAACCGCCAUAAAAAAGCCAGACUACGGUUUACAACUGCACAUGGGGACAAAGAUCGUACUUUUGAAGAAAUGUCCUCUGGUCUGAUGAAACAAAAAUAGAACUGUUUGGCCAUAAUGACCAUCGUUAUGUUUGGAGGAAAAAGGGGAAGGCUUGCAAGCCGAUGAACACCAUCCCAACCGUGAAGCAAGAGGGUGGCAGCAUCAUGCUGUGGGGGUGCUUUGCUGCAGGAGGGACUGGUGCACUUCACAAAAUAGAUGGCAUCAUGAGGAAGGAAAAUGAUGUGGAUAUUUUGAAGCAACAUCACAAGACAUCAAUCAGGAAGUUAAAGCUUGGUCACAAAUGGGUCUUCCAAAUGGACAAUGACCCCAAGCAUACUUCCAAAGUUGUGGCAAAAUGGCUUAAGGACAACAAAGUCAAGGUAUUGGAGUGGCCAUCACAAAGCCCUGACCUCAAUCCUAUAGAAAAUGUGUGGGCAGAACUGAAAAAGUGUGUGCGAGCAAGGAGGCCUACAAACCUGACUCAGUUACACCAGCUCUGUCAGGAGGAAUGGGCCAAUAUUCACCCAACUUAUUGUGGGAUGCUUGUGGAAGGCUACUCGAAACGUUUGACCCAGUUUAAACAAUUUAAAGGCAAUGCUACCUAAUUGAGUGUAUGUAAACUUCUGACCCACUGGGAAUGUGAUGAAAGAAAUAAAAGCUGAAAUAAAUCAUUCUCUCUACUAUUAUUCUGACAUUUCACAUUCUUAAAAUAAAGUGGUGAUCCUAACUGACCUAAGACAGGGAAUUUUUACUAGGAUUAAAUGUCAGGAAUUGUGAAAAACUGAGUUUAAAUGUAUUUGGCUAAGGUGUAUGUAAACUUCCGACUUCAACUGUAUGUAUGUAUGAUGAAAAAAAACUGUGUACACUACUUUGCUGUAUUAUCUUGUGGUUUCCCUUUUGGACACUUAUAGUUCUGAUCCUGCUGAUGAGAAUUAGCUAUGUAGUCAAAUGAAUUAAACUAAUACAAAAAAUCCUAUAUUUUGCUUAUUGUUUGACAGGAGGCCCCUGACUUUUUGAGCUCGAUCGGUCUGCGUGUGGACAUCACUCUGCAGGACCCAGACUCCAGUCCUGUUCUGGAUGUCCUCAGUCCCACUGCCUGGGAGUUCUUUGUGAGUUACCACUCAAUUAAAAUGCAAUAAUAUGAGAUGUACAUUAAAUGUAUGUUGAUGUUGCAAUUGCUAGCAGUCGUGUCAGUGUCUAUAGAAAUGAUCUGUGCUUUAUGUGUUACUGAUGAUCCUUUUUGAUGUUAAUAGGAAUGGAAAUCUUGUAGUUUUAGACUAUGAUUUGAUAUCAAAGUGUCAUGAUUAGGCCUAGUCAUGAUCAAAGUUGAACCAGGAUAGGACAUGAAGCUAGGGUUAGGGUUAGGGUUAGGGUUGUGGUUGAGGCUAGGAUAUAGACAUGAAGCUAGGGUUAGGGUAAAUUCUUGUUAUUUUAUUAUAUAUUGUAUUACCUGGUCUUUGUUUAUCAACUAUUGUGCUCUUGUUAUUUUAUUACUAUUUGUAUUACUUUAAUUAAUCUACAUUGUAUAUUGAUAGUUUUGCUACUUUACAUUUAUUCUGCACUGUUGAGGAAAAGCUGCAAGUAAGCAUUUAAUUGUACCAUUACACUUGCUGUAUUCUGUGCAUGUGACAAAUAAACGUUGAUUUUAUUUUAUUUGGCAUGAAGGUAGGGUUAGGGUUGUGGUAGAGGCAAUGGUUAGGGUUGAACCAGGACGUGGACAUGAAGCUAGGGUUAGGUUUUGGGUUGUGGUUGAGGGUUAGGGUUAGGGUUGAACUGGGAUGUGGACAUGAAGCCAGGGUUAGCGUUACAGUUGUGGUUGAGGCUAUGGUUGGGGUUGAUCUGGGAUGUGGACAUGAAGCCAGGGUUAGCGUUACAGUUGUGGUUGAGGCUACGGUUGGGGUUGAACUGGGAUGUGGACAUGAAGCCAGGGUUAGCGUUACAGUUGUGGUUGAGGCUACGGUUGGGGUUGAACUGGGAUGUUGAACAGUGAUAAGGCUUCUCCACUUCUGAAUUACCAAUACCACAGAAUGUAAUGUGAACUCUUACAACAGAUCCCAUUCUCCAAAGACUGUGGCUCUGACGAGGUGUGUGAGAGUGAGCUGCUCUUGAAGUUGAAGAAAGGAGAGAUGAUUCCCAGGUGAAAUCUGACACUCACUCAACCUAGCCUAGUAAAACCAGUCUGAACACGCCGCUCAAUGUUGAGCACAGCAUUCAGUCUGGUUAAACCAGGCUACUCUCAACCUACACUCUUCCUCCAAGAGCUCAGGAAUAACAGACAUGUCUCAUAUAAGUAUUCCCAAAUUCUAUGGGACCAGACAAAUAAAUCCUGCUCUGUUCUGUUGGUCUGGUUUAGUGGGAAAACACUUCCUCUAUUAAGCCUUGCUGGUUAAAGAAAACACAUUAAAACUUGUUACAUAAGUUCAAUGACACAGGACGGGAUUCAAACAAACCCCAAUAUGCCGACAUUGCACUGCACUUGACUUUUAAAAGCAAUUUCCCUGAUGUUCGCGGAGAUAGCAUUUGCGGUAAACACUACAGAUGUGUCUCAAACAUAAAUAACCUUUAACAGUCAAGUGCAAUGCGAUUUGUUUGAAUCCCAGCCAGAGUCGUUAUGAUACACAGUUGACAGACAGACAGACAGACAGUGUCGUUAUGACACACAGUAGACAGACAGACAAACAGACAGACAGACAGAGUCGUUAUGAUACACAGUUGACAGACAGACAGACAGACAGUCGUUAUGACACGCAGUAGACAGACAGACACAAACGCACAGACAGCACCUCGUAAAGUGAGUGGUAAGGUCGUAAACCUUGGCCAGUCAGAAUAACAUAUUUUAUUUUCACUGCUCCAGUUAAUGGUGACACCAUACAUGACCCAUGAGAUCUGUUCGUGGAUUCCCAAUCAAACUGUGGUGUCUUCAUUCUACAGCAUUGCAUUUUCCCAUUCACAAACAGGUAUAAUUAUACAUUAAUUCUUACCCCCUCUGUAUUGUUCUGAGUAAAAUGAGUGUUGUGUUUUGCAGCUCGUCUAGGAUGUUGGUCAGCUUUAAGGACAAGAGGCUCUCCUUUACUGUGUCUGUGACCAACAAGAAGGAGAAUGCGUACAACACCCAAGUCACAGCCACAUUCUCCAAAAACCUCUUCUACGCCUUCAUCAUUCCUCCAGUAUGCAUCAGCCUCUUUGCUUUUUAGGAUGACACAUACACAUGCACUAUAGGAGGACUAUUUUGUUAUUUAUCAGUAAGCAUUCCCUAACAUUAUGUUUCAUUUCAGAGUGAUGGAACAGAGGUGAAGUGCACCUCCACCAAAGAGUCUCUUACCCUCUUAUGCAAGGUGGGAUACCCAGCUUUAAGGCAGAACCAAGAGGUAAGACCUGACAACAAACAACAAAACAGCCGUCGUGUGUGUAGGUCUAUCUCUCUGUCAGCCAGGGUUGUCGUUCCUAAACAAUACCCUGUUCCCUGCAGGUGACAUUUGGAAUCAACUUUGACUUCAACCUGAAUCAACUGCAGACCGAAGCCAGUGUGAGCUUUGAAGCUCUAAGGUAGGAUCAUACAGCACUUGUUUGCUUGUUUGUUACAGUGUAUCAACCAUAGUUGAUCAUAAAGUAUUCUCUACUAGGACUAUGGUUCUUCUUCUGUUGCAUGUGCUUAUGUCUCCUCUCUACAGUGACAGCACAGAGGUGAACCCGUCAGACAACAAAGCCUCUAUCUCCAUCCCUGUCCACUACGACUCAGAGAUCUCCCUCUCCAGGGAAGCAAAUCUCAAUUUCUAUGUGGUUGACAUGGACAAUGAAGUGAAUACUGCAGUUAAUACUUUCAAUGACAUCGGUCCUGAGUUCAAAUUCUCUCUGAAGGUAAGAAAUCAUGCACCCAGCUACACAGUCAUUUGAGUACUUUACAGUGUACACUGGUUUGCCAGUCUGUGGUAAAAUACUUCCCCCUUUUUUUUAUUUCACCUUUAUUUAACAAGUUCUCAUUUACAACUGCGACCUGGCCCAAGAUAAAGCAAAGCAGUGCGAUAAAAACAACAACAACACAGUUACAUAUGGAAUAAACAAAAACAAAACGUACAGUCAAUAACACAAUAGAAAAUCUAUAUACAGUGUGUGCAAAUGUAGUAAGUUAUGGAGGUAAGGCAAUAAAUAGGCCAUAGUGCAAAAUAAUUACAAUUUAGUAUUAACACUGGAGUAAUAGAUGUGCAGAAGAUGAUGUGCAAAUAGAGAUACUGGGGUGCAAAUGAGCAAAAUAAAUAACAAUGUAAAUAACAAUAUGGGGAUGAGGUAGUUGGGUGGUUUAAUUACAGAUGGGUUGUGUACAGGUGCAGUGAUCGGUAAGCUGCUCUGACAACUGAUGCUUAAAGUUAGUGAGGGAGAUAAGUGUCUCCAGCUUCAGAGAUUUUUGCAGUUCAUUCCAGUCAUUUGCAGCAGAGAACUGGAAGGAAUGGCGGCCAAAGGAGGUGUUGGCUUUGGGGAUGACCAGUGAGAUUUACCUGCUGGAACGCAUACUACGGGUGGGUGUUGCUAUGGUGACCAAUGAUCUAAGAUAAGGCGGGGAUUUGCAUAGAAGUGAUUUAUAGAUGACCUGGAGCCAGAGGGUUUGGCGACGAAUAUGUAGUGAGAGCCAGCCAACGAGAGCGUACAGGUCACAAUGGUGGGUAGUAUAUGGGGCUUUGGUGACAAAACGGAUGGCACUGUGAUAGACUACAUCCAAUUUGUGGUAUAAAUGGUAAGAGAAGUGUGAUGCAUCAAUUAUAAGUGUUUAAUCUUCUCUUUAGGUUUCUACAGGGAACUUCCCAGUCAGUCUGGCCUACCUCACAGUCUCAUUGCCCAGCGCUACAGCAGGAGGGAACCCAUUGCUGUAUGUGACUGGAGUCAAAACGGCACCUGUGAGUAUAAAUAACCAGUCAACCUGUCUUGUCUCCAAAUAACUAGCUUUGGCAGAGUUUGUGCCCUCUUAUUCUGUGUCAAUAGUCUUCGCUGCCAGAUCCAGUGCCAAUGUUGUUUUGGAAUACAGCGGGGUAGUGUUCAGGAGGGAGAAAACAGAGUGAAACAGUGCAACGAGGGGCUCUAUUCAAUCCGUAGUGCUGAAGUUCUGCUUUAUAGCGCGAUUGACAAUUAAAGGCAACGUUCCCGCGGUCGGAGACUGCAUUCCCAGUAAACGCUGCAUAUUUCAGCUCAAUCGGAAAUUACCUUUACAUUUGAACGUGUAUCUUCCGCGAUACUUCAGUGAUACGGAUUGAAUCCAGCCCGAGGACAUACCACCUGACCAAUAAAAAUACAAAUGUUGUUGCUGUUCUGCAGGCUGGCGAAGUGAGCUGUGAAGUAACCAGCCUCGUCAACCCUCUGAAGAUCAGUGAGAAGCCUUACACAGCAUCCUUCUCCAUGGAGAACCUUAUGGGCACAGAGGAUCUGGUGCGUGUGUGUGCUUGUGUGUUUGUGUGCAGCAUGCCUGUGUGCGUGUGUAUUUGACAGAGAGAGACAAAGAUAGAGUCACAGUUUAUAUCUAAUGAUCUCCGAAUACAUCUAUUGUUUUCUGAUAUUUCCAGAACUGUAAGACAGCCACGUGCCAGCCUAUGAAAUGUGUCCUGAAAGACAUGGGGAUAAAGAGCGAUUUCUUUGUGAACGUGACCACACGGAUAUGGAACGGUACCUUUUCUGCUGUAAGUAUAGAAGUAUACACAUUCUCCUACUCCUCAUUCUUUACAUGCUUGCUUCCAGUGGUGUAAAGUACUUAAGUGAAAGUACUUUAAAGUACUACUUAAGUCGUUUUUUGGGGUAUCUGUAUUUUACUUUACUAUUUAUAUUUUGGACUACUUUUACUUUUACUUCACUACAUUCCUAAAGAAAAUGAUGUACUUUUUACUCCAUACCUUUUCCCUGACACCCAAAAGUACUGGUUACAUUUUGAAUGCUUCGCAGGACAGAAAAUUGUCAAAUUCACACACUUAUCAAGCGCACAUCCCUGGUCAUCCCUACUGCCUCUGAUCUGGUGGACUCACUAAACAUAAAUGCUUUGUUUUUAAAUUAUGUCUAAGUGUUGGCUUGUGCCACUGGCUAUCCGUACAUUUAAAAAAUAAGAAAAUUGUGCCGUCUGGUUUGCUCAAUAUAAGGAAUUUUAAAUUAUUCGUACUUUAUCUUUUACUUUUGAUACUUAAGUAUAUUUUAGCAACAACAUUUACUUCUGAUACUUAAAUAUAUUUAAACCAAAUACUUUUAGACUUUUACUCAAGUAGUAUUUUAUUGGGUGACUUUGACUUUUACUUGAGUCAUUUUCUAUUAAGGUAUCUUUACUUUUACUCAAGUAUGAGAAUUGAGGACUUUUUCCACCACUGCUUGCUUCUCCUCCUCUUGAAUUGUGUCUUCUCAUUACCUCAUUAAUUCUCCUCUUGUGUUGUCUCUGAGCAGUCAUCCUUCCAGUCCACGGUGCUGACUGUGAGCACAGAGAUAGAGACCUCCCAACCUGAACUGCUGGUCAUCUCUCACAAGCACCUGAAGGUACUGGAAUAAUACAUCAAAUACAUUUGAAUACAGCCUAAUCUAAUAUAUUUGAAACCGAGAGAGAAGCUGUGAAAGGUGCCUUGUUUGUUGUUUUCUACAAGUUAACAUCUACACUGCCCUCUUCUGGAUCUAGGAUGAACAGCAUAUUAACAGCUACACUACUUGUAUUGCCUGACCGCUGGUAAGUGUGAUACAUCCCCUGUCUCUGGACCCCUGUCCUCUGUCUCCUGUCCUGUCUGCAGGUUGGCGUCACCAUCAGUAAACCAGGGGUGAAAGGAGAGGUGCCUGUAGGCGUUAUUGCGGGCAGUGUGAUUGGAGGCCUGCUUCUAUUGGCUCUCGUUAUUGGCCUGCUUUGG